AUGAAUGAGCCAAACAAACAGUUUCGUACAGUACUAAUCGAUAUUCUUGAUCAUUUGGGUGCUAACGAACGAAAAAAACUAUCGUUUCUUUUGAGCGAAGAUAUUGAACGAAGUAUUAUAGACGAUCCAACAAUUGGCGGCACAUUAAACAUAUUUCAACAACUUUUUGAUCGAAGAAAAAUAUCGGAAGAAAACUUUACCUAUUUAAUUGCAGCAUUUGAAGCUAUCAAAUGUUAUCAAGCAACGAAGAGUUUAAGAGAACUUCAACAACGAAUAUUAAAAACUCGUUCACCGUCGAACUCUGACAAUAAUGUGACUUCUACAGCUGAUACGAGCAGCAACAGCCGCUGUCUCCAGUUUACAACGAGUAGUGGUUCGAGUUUUGUCGAUGACUUGAUGAAAGAUAUGGAAGAUGAUAAAAUAGCUACAACACAUAUUUCACAUAUGACUCAGGAACUUCAUCAAAUUAAUACUAACAAUACAAAUAUUCCAAUAUCAGUUAUGUCAAUGAUAACACCAGUCACAAAAGCAGAAAAUAUUCAUUCUGGACCGCACUCCAUCAAUAUUGGAAUUAAUAAAUUUCGAGGAAUUUAUUGUAAUCGGAAACGUUUAAUUAUCCUAUCACUUGGCUUUAUUCUAAUGAUAUCAGCAACGAUUGCGGUGAUAAUUUAUUUAUUUUUUUCGAAUGACCCUGACCCUCACCCGCCACCUAAACUAGAUCUCAACGAUGGUCGAUGUAAACUGCCUAGGGAUAACUCUUGUACAAUGGCAACGCCGAUGCCAACAAGAGCUGAAGGUUUAGGAGUUUAUUAUGAAGAACCAUGCUAUGGAGUUGGGUGUGGAUUCUUUCGACCUUACUGCCGUCUUUGUUGGAUUGAUCCAAAGGCACCUGGCAAAAUGGACCGUCCACAGUGUCCACCGUGCGUUUCUGUGGUUUUAAGCAAAUUCAGUUGA